AUGGGCGGUGUGGGUUGGAAUAGACAGAGUCAUGGAGACUUUAGUGCAUUUGUAAUGGAUUUUGGGCUUCUUGAAAUUCCCUUUAGGAUGAGGGACUUCACCUGGACUAAUAGGAGGAGUGGAUUUUUGAAUAUCUCUGAGUGGUUAGAUAGGUUUUUUAUUGUGGGGGAUUGGUCAGAAAGUCAUUGGAACUGUGCUGCUGAAAUUCUACCUAUAACAGGCUCAGAUUAUUAUCCAAUAUGCCUCAGAAUUCAAGAUGAUAGUGCUCUAGAGAGGUACCCUUUUAAGUUUGAAGCUAUGUGGUUAAGGGACAACAACAUCAGAAACUUAGUGGAGCAGUGGUGGCGUCAUAACCCGGAAAGACCAUGUAAUAAAGCCUUUAUUUUCUUCAAGAAGCUACAGUUUUUAAAGGAGCAAUUCAAGAAGUGGAAUAGAGAAUCUUUUAGUAAUAUUUUCAAUGAAAAGCUAGGGAUUGAAGAUGAGUUAAAAAUACUCCAUGAGCAGAUCAUUAGCUAG